AUGGCCAGUCAGGGUCAACUUAAUGCCUCUGCCGAGACUGGAUGCCUUUUUGCAUGUUUGCUUGUAUCAAAUGAGAACCCUAUGGAAAACGAGGCAGAGACAGUGAAUGAACUUCAAAUGGUUGAAAAAGUUGGUGAAAGUAAUGCUUCAACUGAUUCAACAACCAACAACAGUGCAUCUGAACCUGGUUCGAAGAAAAGAAAAAUGGUUAAAGAAAGAUCAAUGGCUUGGCGCUACUUCGACAAGUUCACUGAUGCCGAGGGUGUGAAAAAAGCAAGAUGCAAGUUUUGUUCGGAAGAAUAUGUAGCUGAUACCAAGCAUAGCGGCACAAGCAAUUUGUUAUUGCAUAUUUCCAAAUGUCCGACCAAUCCCUACAAGGCAGAAGGUAGCCAGACAACAUUAGGUUUUCAACCGCAAGGUCUAACAGGUGAUGUUUCAGUUAUCCCUUGGAAAUUUGAUCAAGAGGCAUGUAGGAGGGCUUUAGCUCGUAUGAUUAUUAAAGAUGAACUUCCCUUUAUUUCUGUUGAAAAAGAUGGAUUUAGAGGCUUUGUGAGAACUCUUCAACCUUUAUUUCAUAUUCCAUCUCGUACUACUAUGACUAGGGAUUGUCUUGAGAUGUACCAUGAAGAGAGACUUGCUUUGAAGUAUAUUCUUAAUGAAUCAAAACAGAGAAUAUGCAUUACUACUGAUACAUGGACUUCAAUUCAAAGAAUUAAUUAUAUGUGUGUUACAGCCCAUUACAUUGACAAUAAUUGGAAAUUGCAUAAAAGGAUUCUGAAUUUUUGUCCAAUUACUAGUCAUAAAGGUCAAGAUUUAGCUAGUGGUAUUGCUAAGUGUUUACUUGAAUGGGGAGUGGAUAAAGUAUUUACUGUGACAGUUGAUAAUGCGAGUUCUAAUGAUGUGAUGGUUAGAGAGUUAUCCAAGCAAUUUACUAGAUGGAACACUAACUUGAUGGAAGGUAAGCAUGUUCAUGUGAGAUGUAUGGCUCACAUCAUCAAUCUAGUUGUUCAAGAUGGGUUGAGAGAUGGGAGUGUGUCUGUUGAACGAAUAAGACAAGCUGUUAGGUACAUAAGACAAUCUCCCGCAAGAUGGAAAAAGUUUAAAGAAUGUUGUGAUCUUGAUAGGAUAACUUCUAAAAAAUCAUUGUGCUUGGGUGUUCCUACUAGGUGGAACUCCACAUAUUUGAUGUUGAAGGUUGCUACAGUUUAUGAGGAAGCCAUUACAAAGUAUUGUGAUAUUGAUUAUGGUUUGAUGUCAUGUAUUUCUAACUGCAUUUGUGAGGAUGGACAACCUACAGGUCCACUUUUAAGUAGUGAUUGGGAUAGUGUAAGACGUAUUGUGAAGUUUCUGGAAAUUUUUUAUGAACUCACCUUGAAAGUAUCAGGUACACUUUAUAUUACGUCUAAUGUGCACUUUCUUGAAAUAUGUGUUGUUGAUUCUUCUUUGAAAGAGUUGAUGCAAAAUGAAGAUGCUUUCUUGAGAGAAAUGGCAAAGAAUAUGAAAGAGAAAUUUGACAAGUAUUGGGGGGAUCCACAUAAGAUGAACAAAAUGAUUUUUAUCUCAUGUGUGCUUGAUCCACGCCAUAAGUUUAAUACUCUUUCAUUUGCGCUUAGUGCUAUGUUUGGAGAAACAGUAGGUUUGAAAAUACAAGAGGAUGUGAAAACAUACAUGGAUACUUUGUUUAAUGUGUAUGCAAUGAAAAAUGGUGGUUCUGGUUCAUGUCCAUCUUCUCCAUCUUCUCCAUCUUCUGGUCCAUCUUCUCCAUCUUCUUCAUCAUUGCUCUCAAAAUUCAUGCUAGAUUUAAAGAAGCAUAAGAAAUGUGGCGGAGUUGAUUCUAAAACGGAGUUAGAUAAAUAUUUGGGUGAAGAUGUUGAGGAAGAUCAUGAAAAGUUUAACAUUCUGGGGUGGUGGAAGUUGAACUCACCAAGAUUUCCCACUCUUGCUGAGAUGGCACGUGAUGUGCUAGCCAUUCCGAUUUCUAGUGUUGCCUCAGAAUCAGCCUUUAGCACCGGCGGACGCAUACUUGAUCCAUUUAGGAGUUCAUUGACUCCUAGAUUGGUUCAAGCUCUUGUGUGUGUCCAAGAUUGGCUUCGGAAUGAAUCAACAACUCCGGUUAAAAUUGAAGAAGAUUUAGAUAAUCUUGAACAACUUGAAGCUGAGAGCCUUGCAUUGUCGACAUAUAGUGAUUUCCCAUUUGUUGUACAAGCUCAGAUUUUUAACUUGUCUCACAGUCCUACUGAGAAUCUGAGAUUGAGAGCUACAUUUGGCCUGGUUGCUGGUUGUGUUGCUGGAUUAUUGUGGUUUUGUUUGGAGAUGAAUGGUGUUUACUGUCCAGUAAUAUUUGUGUGGAGAACUGGAGAUGAAUGGAGUUUUGUUUGCAUUCUGAAAAUGCUCUUUGAUUCUAGAGUUUCUGUUGGGAGCGAUAUCCACAUUAUACUGGAACAAGCAGACAAAAUCUCGGGCCAAAUCUUCCCACACAUGCCAAUGAGUUAUUUCUUGAUCGAUGUACCACUCGGAAGCAAUUUCGAUGAGAUUUUCUCCAAAAUAAGCCAUUAA